AUGGCGGUCCUAGGGUUACAAUGGUUUCCUGAUGCAGAUCAUGGCGUCGGAGGCACCGGCGAGUCCGGGGGGCCGCGGGCGAGGCGGGGGGGGGAAAGCCACGAGAGCGGCGGCGAGCAGAGCCCCCACGCGAGCGGCGGCGGGGCAGGUGGCGGCGUGCGCGAGCAGGAUCGGUACCUUCCGAUCGCAAACAUCAGUCGUAUCAUGAAGAAGGCUUUGCCUGCUAAUGGCAAGAUCGCCAAGGACGCCAAGGACACCGUACAGGAAUGCGUCUCCGAAUUCAUCAGUUUCAUCACCAGCGAGGCUAGCGACAAGUGCCAGAAGGAGAAGAGGAAGACGAUAAAUGGCGAUGAUUUGUUGUGGGCGAUGGCUACAUUGGGCUUUGAGGACUAUAUCGAGCCACUUAAGAUAUAUCUGGCAAGAUACAGGGAGUUGGAGGGAGACACCAAGGGAUCUGCUAGGGGUGGUGAGAGUUCUGCAAAGAGAGAUGCCGUUGCUUCUGGGGGUGGUCAAAAUCCUCAGUUUGUUCAUCAAGGAUCAUUGAGCUACAUAAAUUCCCAAGGUCAGCAUAUGAUCGUUCCGUCCAUGCAUGGCAACGAAUAGGACAGUAUAGCUUCUCAAAUUUUAGCAUUCUUAUGCACUCUGAGGGCGGCAAAGUUGUUUGGACUCAACACCAGUAAUAUCUCUCUAUGAAUCUCCUAAUUUUAUCUGAAGAAUUGUGUUUUUAAAGGGUUCACUCUUUCGAUUGGGGUAGGAAUUUAUUUUACCUGGUUAAAAUCUUACUCGGCUGUAGCUGUAUAAAAGCAAUAUUUUCGUUUGUUAGUUUAGUUGACUCGCCAUGGAAGAUGCUGCUUUGUUUGUAUGGCCCCGAAGAAUCUAUGGGAUAGAAACGAAACCAUAUUGAGGGAGCAUACUAGAAUUUGUUUCUCCCAUUUUUGCAGUAUAUAUGGCCCGCAGUUAGGCAUAUUA